AUGAAACAUGGUUUUAAAAAUAGUAUAUCUGACAAUUCUCUCUUUAUUUACAAAUCUGCUUCUGACAUAGUCAUUCUUCAUCUAUAUGUGGAUGACAUUCUUAUCACUUCAUCUUCUAGUUCUUUACUUAAGUCUAUAAUCAAGAGCCUUAUGUCUGAAUUCUCCAUGCGAGACCUCGGUAUAGUCAAUUUUUUUCUUGGAAUUUUUGUCUCCCCAUGUAAUGGGGGUUAUUUUCUUAACCAGUCCAAGUACAUUCAUGAUCUUCUUGAGGGUGCAAGUCUUUUAUCUUCUAAACCAGUUAAUACUCCUCUUUCUCCUAAAUCUUUACUUGCUUAUGAUGCCUCUCCUCCAUUUUCUGAUCCCUCAUUAUAUCGUAGUCUUGUCGGUGGACUUCAAUACUUAACAUUUACUCGUCCCGACAUUACUUAUGUUGUUAGUCAAGUUGCCCAAUUCAUGCAUUCUCCUUUCGACAUUCAUUUUACUGCAGUGAAACGUAUUCUACGUUACCUGCGUGAUUCCAUAAAUUAUGAGUUGUUAAUUCCUGGCAACUCAAUUGGUUCAUUAACAUGUUAUACUGAUGCGGAUUGGGCAGGUUGCCCUACCACAUGCAAAUCUACAUCGGCAUACUGUAUAUUUCUUGGUAAUAAUCUUAUUUCUUGGACUUCUAAGAAGCAAAAUGUAGUGUCGCCCUCGAGUGUUGAGGCGGAAUAUUGUACUGUUGCUCAUGCUACUGCUGAAAUAUCUUGGUUACUGCCUUUUCUUAGUGAUCUCCAUAUUCAACCAUCGUCCCCUUCAACAAUAUACUGCGAUAAUGUCAACAGUAUAUACUUAGCUCACAAUUUUUUCCAUCAUGCUCGCAUCAAACAUAUUGAAAUUGACAUUCAUUUUGUUCGUGAGAAGGUUGCAUCUGGUGUUCUACAGUUUCUCUAUGUGCCAAGUACGGAUCAACUUACAGAUUUACUAACGAAAUCUCUUCCCUACCCUCGAUUUUCAUUCUUGCGUGACAAGCUCGGCAUUUGUCAAGACCCAACAUCGCUUGAUGGGGAAUGA